AUGCGGCUCGCCCGCCUCGGACUCCUCUGGCUCCCCCCUGCGGGGGCGGGAACCAGAACCGUUCGGCCCCGGGGCAGCGGCCGACGAGGCGCCAAACCGCCCCCGCGCUCCACGCAGAACAACAACCCCGCCUGCCACCAGCCCACACGCCGCACAGAUGUCUCGUGUCAGUCAAAGGGCCGCAGUGCCGGCCAGCUCAACCCUAACUCCGCCCCCCUCCCCAACCACCAGCAGAAAAUGGCUUCUGCAUUCCAGCCGCAGCACCUGGGGUUCGGACAGGUCCAGCACUACAGCUCCUGCCCCCAGGAGUGGAACGGGAGCUACAGCCUCCGGCGGCAGCAGGCCUUCAUCCCGCCCCCCGUCCAUGGGCACCCCUUCAGCCUGCCCCAGGGCAGCCCCAACCCCACAGGGGCGCACCCCCACCCCGCCCUGCUCCCCUACCCACCCUCGGGGCCCCCAAUCCUGGCCCCGUCCUGCGGCUCGCGGCCCGUCCUGCAGCCGGCCUUCGGGCUCUCGCACCCGGGCCUCCUGCACCAGGUCUCUGUGGGCCUCGCCCACCGGCUCCUGCCCUCGCCCACCAUCCCCAGCCAGUUCAAGCCCCUGUUCCCGCCCCACUCCUACAUCGCCUCGCCCGCCUACGCCAGCUUCUCUCUCAGCUCCACCAAACCCAACCAGUACGCCUACAUCUGACCCCAACCCCAACCCCAACCUCAACCCCAACCCCAACCCUAACCCCCCAACCCUCUCAGCUCCACCAAACCCAACCAGUGCGCCUACAUCUGACCCCAACCCCAACCCUCUCAGCUCCACCAAACCCACCCAUUACACCUACA